CUAUUUGAUUAGAAGUAGCUGCAACUUUGUAAAGUGGAGUAAAUAUAUCACAAUCCUGAUUAUAUUUCUGAAGUUUUCACCAAGUGAUUCAGUGAACUUUCUCAUUCAAUUUCUGCCAUGAUGAAAAUGAAGGUGAUGUUCUUUUGCAUAUAAAGAAUGCCAGUAUGAUAAUUGUCGCUGGCAAUUUCAUUCAUGCAGAGGUAGAGUCGGUCUCCUCAAGCAAGAAGUGCAAAACGGUGAUUGUUGCUCCUUGUGUUGUGGUUGCUGCUGCACUCUUGUCCUCUGAUGCUAGGAGAUCAGUGGUUCUGGCGACGCGAGACAAGAGAAUAUGGUGUGUGCCUUUGACUGAUUCAAGAGAGGAAAAAAUUGACACGGACAAAGACAAUGCAUCAGAGGACAUUUUCGGAGAUCUGCUUCAAGAUGGUGUCGAAGUCCACAGAAGGACUGAAGGUGCAAGCUCAAAGCUAAAGCAACCAACAGACAAUGAAGUCAAUAAUAAAGUGGUCUGCCUGUCAUCUCAAGAUCUGGUUGUGUCUUUGGACUGUCCAGUACUGGACCUUUUGGUCGUCGGUAACCUUGUCUGUGUUCUUACCAGCGCUUCUGGUGGCGCCGUUGUACGUCUGUACCGACAGGAUGUGCUGCUUGUCAGACCGGCGGCGGCAACAGUGGCACCUGAGCUGUGUAUCCACACUGGGGUGAUGACCAAACUACUACUUGAAGGAGCCAAGGGGAGGCUUAUGCAUGUUGCUGUCUUGAGGGAGGAGUCAGGGUCAUUGUCUGAUGAUAUGAUGAGUCAAGCAAAGGCUCCGCUGUGCCUUGGCAGACAUUUGUUCACUUCGUUGUUUGGGACUGAGGCUACAAUUUUGAAAUCACCUGUUCUCAUGCUGAGUACUGCGAAUGGUUUCGUAUUUUCAUAUCCAAUAAAGUUGAGCUAUGAAGCAUCUCUGGAUACCCGUUUGGUGACCUGUCAGCUUGACCACAGGAUUACUAGUAUUGUGCUGCUCAAGGUAACUCACGGCCCGCCAGCUCACAGUGAAGAGAACAGUGCAGCAAUACUUGCCCUGGAAAAUGCUUUGCUGUCAGUUAGCCCAGAGGGUCAAUAUGGUGAAGAUUCAGAAGCAUUAUGUGUGUGCUCUGAGUCAGGAAACUGCUGCUUGUUCUUACCCUCAUCACAUGCUGCACAGAGUCCCGCCAUGCUAAGAUUUUCCACAACAUCUCCCAUCAAUUGUUGUGUCUUCAAAGAACCGUAUCUGGUCUACAGCACAGGGCACAGUAUCGAAGCAUGCAAACUCACGGUGCAAAGACAGCCUGGGAAAGCCACAGAUACUGUUCUGUCUGUUGCCACAACACUAUCGAGAAAGUCAGCCAUUGUACAGCUUGUACCAGGGUCUCUACACUCUAUGGGAUCAGCUUCAAAAGUCACAGGUAUCACUGGCAAUCUGGAUGUGGUUUCCAUUUCUGUGGAGGAGCAGGAUGCUGCUCAAAGUCAAAGUGUGACUGGGGAUGUGUCACUGAGGAGUGUCAUGGAGAAAAUCAAAGAAUCCUCUGUGGAAGUUAGUGAGAAGAAGAGUCAAAUGAAAGAAUAUGAUUCCUACAUUCAGCAGUUGAACAUUUUUGCCUCACUCCUAAUGCUUUGGGAGAAAAGGAAAAAGAAGCAUUCCUCCUCCACGGAUGAUCUUAUUGCUUGUACAUGCAGAAUCAUUUCUCAACAAGAUGGUUAUUCUCGUAAGUGGUUUAUAGAAGUGAAACUUAAAACAAACAAAAAGUGUUCUUUCUCCAGUGACUGGCUGAUCACAGUUAGUGUUGACACCUUCACUAUGACAGCAAAACACAAAUUAUGCACUUUCUCAUAUCCCCUAGUGAAAGGUCUUGAUACAAGCUCGAGCAUGGUGCUCUCGAUCCCUUUAGAGAAUGCCUUGGAGGCAAUGCCUUGGGGGCAGUCUGAACUCUCUGUUAUUUUUACUUUGAAGUCUGCUGAAUUCAUGCUGACCACAAAUUGCUUUGAUCAGAAUGUCAAAGGGUUAAAGGUGGAGGUGCACAGAGAGGUUGUGGAUGCUUUCCAUUUCCUGUCCAGACUUGACAUCGACUCUUCCAGUAGUAAUUCUCCAGGACACCAGAGCCUGUGGCUGCACGAAGAACUCAUAGCAUUGUCUCAGUCCAGGGAAAGACAUGGAGAACAGUCCAGGAGACUUGUAUCCACGGGGACAUCCCCAACUGUUGAAGCAGCUGUCCUUAUCCCUGACAUCAGAGAUCUAGCACUCAAAGAUGAAGAAGCUCAGAGGAGUGAACCAGUGGAUAUUCUCAAGCUCAUUCUACAUAACAGUAACAUGUCAGCCGAGAGCGUGAUGUCACCAUCAUGUCAAUUGGAAGGACCAGAUGGGGUCCAGGUGACCAUCUCCGUUGACCAUUGUGGGGACAUGCCUACUGCAACAUGCUCAGUUCAGGAAAAAGUCAAGUUUGUGGUGACACUGAGAAGCAGUGAUGCCAUCCUAGUGGCACAACUGAGGAAUGCCCUUGUUCGGAGAGUAAAGAGCCUCAUGGAGCAAAAGGACGAUGCAUCACUAGAGCCUAUGUCCAAUUUGAAGACGUUGUUGUCAGACUUACAGCGCACAAGACAACUCCUUCUCACAGCUAACCACACGGUGCAGGCACCGUCAGUGAGCGACAUUGAGGCUGCCAGUGUGCUCAGUGACAGUUUUGACAAGUGUAAACAUCUGUCUCUUUGUUUGAGGAACUAAUGUUUAUCAUUAUCCUUGACCACCAGCUUCCUGCGUGAGCCAGACAUUAUCUAAACUUGGAAUAUAAUUGAUGUUGAAUUGUUGAUCUAUUUGUCAUUGUUGUUGGAUCAGUCCUCUGGUCUUUGAGCCAUCCAAGUGCAUGUGUCUGAUCAGAAUACAUUAAAGAACCCUGCACAUGAUCUG